AUGGGUUUCGUUGGAGUUCCGAUCUGUGUGCAGUGUGGCAAUGCUAGCAAUCCUUGUAGGUGCAAGGUGGUGGGGCCAACACUUGGUUUCUUGGCAUUUGCUGCGGCAGCAAUUGUAGAAUGGCCGGUUGGUGCUCUGGUUUAUGUGUUCCGUCACUCCAAGGGACGCCGGAUUAUGGGUCAUCCAGCAACCGUCAUUUAUCCUUCAGUCACCAACUCUAUUCCUAUUUAA